AUGCAAUGCCAAUUAGAAAGGGAGCGGGACUUUUUCCAUGCUUUUAUGGAGUAUUUGUACGCCUCUUUGUCUGCUAAUAUCCCUAUUGCCUGGGAUCUGGAAAUGUAUUGGGCAAUGAAGUGUAGAAGAUUAGUGCGCACCAUUCUGUGGAUCAACGGAUCAGAAUUGGACACAGAAGCAAUAUUUCUAGACUUGGCGUAG